AUGACCUUUGGGGAGCAAAACACGGAGAAAGAAGCUCACGACAUUCUUAAUUACGCGUUUGACCGGGGCAUUAACGCUAUCGAUACUGCUGAGGCUGUAUACCCAAUUCCAAUAAAGAAAGAGACACAAGGAAGAACUGAUCUCUAUAUUGGUAGUUGGCUCAAGUCUCAACCUCGUGACAAGAUUAUUUUGGCUACAAAAGUAUGUGGUUAUUCUGAGAGGUCGAGUUACAUGCGUGAGAAUGCAAAUGUCUUGCGGGUUGAUGCUGUAAAUAUCAGAGAAAGUGUAGAGAAAAGCCUUAAGCGCCUUGGCACUGACUAUAUUGAUUUGCUGCAAAUUCACUGGCCAGAUCGAUAUGUUCCACUGUUUGGGGAGUAUUCUUAUGAUCCUUCAAAAUGGAGACCCAGUGUGCCAUUUGUUGAGCAGUUGCAAGCUUUUCAAGAGGUUAUCAAUGAAGGAAAGGUACGCUACAUAGGUGUUUCAAAUGAGACUUCUUAUGGAGUGAUGGAGUUUGUCCAUGCAGCUAAAGUCGAAGGCCUUCCAAAGAUUGUCAGUAUCCAAAAUAGCUACAGCUUGCUUGUUAGAUGUCGUUUUGAAGUUGAUCUUGUAGAAGUCUGUCAUCCAAAGAAUUACAAUAUUGGCUUACUCUCCUAUUCCCCACUUGGAGGUGGAUCACUCACAGGAAAAUAUAUAGAUAUAAACUCUGAUACUGCAAAAAGAGGAAGGUUUAACCUCUUUCCGGGUUACAUGGAAAGAUAUAACAAAUCAGCGGCACGGGAAGUUACUAUUAAGUAUCUUGAGUUGGCCAAGAAGCAUGGUCUAACUCCUGUUCAGCUUGCACUUGGAUUUGCAAGAGAUCGUCCAUUCAUGACUAGUUCAAUUUUUGGUGCAACCUCCGUGGACCAGCUAAAAGAAGACAUUGAUGCUUUUACAACAACUGAGAGACCCUUACCAGCAGAAGUCAUGGCAGAUAUUGAAGCUAUCUUCAAGAAAUACAAAGAUCCUGCAAUUCUUUGA